CAAGCAGGCAUACAACGUCGGUCAAUACGCGGCGGAAAUAUCUUCAAUUCAUUCUCCGGCAUUACCGAUUUGUAAAGGAAGGGUACCCCACAUAGAUGCACUAUUCCUUCUUGGCAGAUAACGUUUUAGUAUCUUCCCUCCUCAUUAUCACCACAUUUACCACAACCGUAAAGAUGAUCAGAUUGCGUACACGACAGCUGCUACGGAGUGGCACCCAUAGGCAAACACCAUAUACAGGUGUACAGAGCAUACUACCGACAGUGUCAAGAUCAAGCCGUAAUGCAUCUACCAGCUCAAGUACGAUAUCAGAGUCCAAACAAGGCUCAUCGUUUGGUGGCUUGGCUAUUGGAGCUGCAGUAGGAGCAGGUGUAUGUUUGCUUGCCGUUGAACUUCUCUCCCAAGACAGUCAAAAAGACGGGGGCAAAGGUGCCAUACAAAAGCUAAUCCAGGGAGGCGGCAGUGAAACAAAGUUUGGAAAGCCAAAUCUGGAGGGCUAUCUGGAUAUACUGCGCUCGAAAGCCGGAUUCAAAGAAGAUCAAAUCUCGCUAGAAGAAAGUGAAUUGGAAUCGCAUGGUCAUUCACCUUGGUCAUAUCAUCCUGCUCGUAGUCCAAGUGCGGUUAUUUAUCCGACAACUGUUGAACAAGUACAAGAGUUGGUAAAACAAGCUCCUAAACAUGGAAUCGUUCUUACGCCUUAUGCGGGAGGUACAUCACUCGAAGCACAUUGGGCUGCUCCUCCCGAUCAUCCUGACCUGCCAAGAAAGGUAGUCUCGGUCGAUUUCAAUUUGAUGGAUAAGAUUGGCGAAUGCAAUGUAGCAGAUGGUGAUAUUGAAGUGGAAGCAGGUGUAAAGUAUGAAGAUUUGAACGAACACCUACGUGAUCAAGGAAUAGACUUAUUCUUCCCCGUUGAUCCUGGACCGGGUGCUGCGCUAGGUGGAAUGAUGGGAACGGGAGGAAGUGGAACGAAUGCAGUUCGAUAUGGAACGAUGCGAGGGGACUAUAUCAUCAAUGCGACCGUCGUCUUACCGAACGGAGAAGUGAUUACUACCAGAAGUAGAUCACGAAAAUCUUCCGUUGGUCCAGAUCUUACAAAAAUCUUUUUGGGUGCAGAAGGUACGAUGGGAUUAGUGGUCAAAGCACGUUUACGACUUGCACCUCUUUUGCCUACUUCGAUCGUUGUUGUCCCGUUUCCUUCCAUUCAUGAUGCAUGUUCCGCCGCUCAACAGAUUGUGCAAGGUGGUGUAGGAGUACAAUGUAUCGAACUUUUGGAUGAUGAAAUGAUUCGGGUCAUUAAUACUGCCAACGCUAAAUCAGCAGGUGAUUCUGGGUAUAAGGAGCAUAUCGUCAAGCCUAGCUUGUUCAUAAAGUUGCAAGGAAAUUCAACACACAGAAAAGAAGAUGAACGCGUAGUUCGACAAAUCUCCAAGACACUCGGAGUGAAAGACCGUGAGAUUGAAUCAAGUCACGAAGAAGAAGCGAAUGAACGAUUAUGGAGAGCGAGAAAGAUUGCUCUGUGGUCUUGUCUAGAAGCCAUGCCGACCAGACCAGAAUUUAAGGAUAACGAACAAGGUAAAAAUGGAUAUAAGGUUUGGACGACAGACGUUAGUGUUCCUUUAGGUUCGAUGGCUGAUCUAUUCACAAAAGUUCGAAAGGAUACUCAAGAUUCAGGUUUACAUGCCCCUAUCAUUGGUCAUAUCGGAGAUGGAGGUGCACAUUCGAUUAUCGUUUUCAAAGAUGAAGAUGAAGAAGAGAUGAACAAAGUUAAAGCGUUUGUUCAUCGAAUUGUUGAAUAUGCACAUGAAAUGGAAGGCACAUGUACUUCAGAACAUGGUAUCGGUCGAGGAAAGAGGAUGUACCUUGAACGUGAGCUAGGAACGGGUACAGUGGACCUACUACGCAAGCUCAAAAGAGCCAUUGAUCCUCAUAAUAUUAUGAAUCCAGGAUCUUUGCUUUAUGAAACAGAUCAAGAACGACAAGAUGAAUUUAAAGAGUUGGAAGCUUUGUCUAAACAUCAUUAAAGAUGCUUACUAAUUCAUAUUACAUUAUUUUUACUCAACGACGGCCAGAAAUGCAAUCGGACUUCCGGAGCACAUCUGCAAAUCUCAACCAUAUGACCGCUUUGUGCAGUACGCGCUAAAAAUAAACUGUACUGGUGCUCGGUAGAUCUGCAUGAUUAAAUCAAUUUCAAUGCGAACAAAAUAGAAAUCUAUGAACGGCGGGAAGUAGUUGUCACUUAGAGAGUGGCAUGCAUGAUUUCCUGCACUUGGGGUAAUGGCAAACUAAAGAAUCUUAUAGGGGGGAAGAUGAAGAGAAUUUGACUUUGAUUAAAUGUUAGGAGUGAUAGCGUGUCUUUCUUAAUUCCGGAACCGAGAUCGAUCCAACAAAAACGCUGACAGAGUCGAUCAUCAUUUCGAAUUGAGUUCCUUAAUCAAUAGAGUGCACAUUAUUAUUGCGCACAAGGUCGUUUGGCAAAAAAGGCGUAAUUUUCACUGUCGCGCUAAUCUUCUGGAG